AGAAAGAGAAAGAAAGAAAUUCUUUUAAAAUUUCCUUUAAAAACAUCACAUGUUAUGCUCCUGCCAUUUUGGGAGAGUGGUUUGAAGUUUGCUCAUUGUUUUAGGUCACAGUGUUCUGAGCGUUAUUACAUUCAGGGUUUAUAGGGGGAUUGUGAAUUACAAGUCACAUGGGUGCCAAAAAAGAAAGGAGGAAGAAGAAGGAAUACGAGAAGGAGAAGAAGACGAAGGCGAAAUACAAGAAGGAGAAGGAGGAGAAAUAGAAAAAGAAGGAAGGAAGGAAGGGCGCAUUCCUCAGUCUCCUGUCUGUAGUGUGAACUGGGGAGGGGGUCAGUGGUGGGGAGGGAUGCCCCUGGGACCCCCAGCAGCAGCUCCGCUCCCUUUGGGCCAGAAGAGAGAGAGAGGGGGGGGGAAGAGAGGCCCCGCAGGCGCCGCUGCAGCUGGGAGGCGGGUAGGCGGCGGUGUGGUGCCUGGUCUGGGCUGGUCCUCUUUCCUCCACCCCUUUCCUCCUCCUCCUCCUGGUUGCGCGCCCUGUGUGUGUAUGUCUCUCUCUGAGAGUGUGUGUGUUUGGCUGGGCGGUGGUUGAGAGGCCGCUGGAAGCCCGUGCUGCUGCUGCUGCUGCUGCUGCUGCUGUGGAAGGAGUCUCCACCAAGGGCGUCUCCAUCAGCCAAAGCCAGGGAGGGCCUCUGGAUGGCAAGCUGGUGGAGGGGGUCUGUGUCUGGGCAGCUGGGCUGCUGCUGCUCUUCUUCUGCCGCCGCCGCCGCCGCCGCUGCUUCCCCCAAGAGAGCCAGGGAGAGGCGCCUUGCAUGAGAGAGCCAGCCCAGGAGGAGAGGAGAGGAGGGCUGCUGGAGGAGGAAGAGGAGGAGGAGGAAAGGGAGGAGAGCGCCAGAGAGCAGGAGGAGGCCCGCCGUCCCUCCCUCCCUCUUCUGCUGCUGCUGCUGCUGCUGCUUCGCCGGCCAAGUUGCCUGCAAAGUUGCCUCCUCUCCUCCUCCUCCGGCGGGCGGGCGGGGAGCUCGGGCUCCUCCGGCGGCUGGGCCAUGAUUUUCCCCAACAGCUCCAGCGCUGCCAGCUCCGCCGGCAACAGCCACCCUCCUCCCGCGGGCGGAGCAGCGGGCAACAGGGCGCCCUUCCCCAGGAAGCAGCAGCAGCCGAUUGUGCCUGCGCACCCAAUGGCUCCUCCCAGCCCCAGCAUCACCAGCAGCAAUAACAACAGCAGCAGCAGCAGCAGCAACUCAGGAUGGGAUCAAUUAAGUAAAACAAACCUUUACAUCAGAGGGCUGCCUCCAAACACCACCGACCAAGACUUAGUAAAAUUAUGCCAACCAUAUGGGAAAAUUGUAUCUACGAAAGCUAUUUUGGAUAAAACCACAAACAAAUGCAAAGGUUAUGGUUUUGUAGACUUUGACAGUCCAGCAGCAGCUCAAAAAGCAGUCUCUGCUCUCAAGGCCACUGGAGUACAAGCACAGAUGGCAAAGCAACAAGAGCAGGAUCCAACAAAUUUAUAUAUUUCCAAUUUGCCACUUUCAAUGGAUGAGCAAGAGCUUGAAAAUAUGCUGAAACCAUUUGGACAGGUUAUAUCUACAAGAAUACUUCGGGAUUCCAAUGGCACAAGUCGUGGCGUUGGCUUUGCAAGAAUGGAAUCAACAGAAAAAUGUGAAGCAGUGAUUGCUCAUUUUAAUGGAAAGUUCAUUAAAACACCACCAGGAGUUUCUGCUCCUGCAGAACCUUUGUUGUGCAAGUUUGCAGAUGGAGGACAAAAAAAGAGGCAGAAUCAGAAUAAAUAUAUACAGAAUGGAAGAGCAUGGCACAGAGAAGGCGAGGUGAGACUUGCUGGAAUGACACUUACCUAUGAUCCAGCUACAGCUGCUUUACAAAAUGGAUUCUAUCCUUCACCAUACAGUAUUGCAACAAACAGAAUGAUCACUCAGACAUCUAUUACACCAUAUAUUGCUUCUCCUGUUUCUACAUACCAGGUGCAGAGUCCUUCAUGGAUGCAGCCUCAACCAUAUAUAAUGCAGCAUCCUGGGGCUGUGUUAACUCCUUCCAUGGAACACACCAUGUCAUUGCAGCCUACAUCAAUGAUCAGUCCAUUGGCACAGCAGAUGAGUCACCUUUCCUUGGGCAGUACUGGAACCUACAUGCCUGCCACAACAGCUAUGCAAGGAGCUUAUAUACCCCAGUACACACAUGUUCAAACAGCAGCUGUUCCAGUUGAGGAGGCCAGUGGCCAACAGCAAGUUACAGUAGAGACAUCCAGUGAUCAUUCUCCAUAUACUUAUCAGCAGAACAAGUAAUUAUGAGUUAUGCGGUGUUGACCUUGCCUAGAGAAGGAUGCAAAGGCUGAAACAAUCAUGGAUUUUACUGAUCAAUUGUGCUUUAGAAAUUAUUGACAGUUUUGCACAGGUUCUUGAAAACGUUAUUUAUAAUGAAAUCAACUGAAACUAUUUUUGCUAUAAGUUCUAUAAUAAGGUGCAUAAAGAAAAAGAAAAAUCCUUAAAUUCAUCCUAGUAGCUGUUCCCCUCCCCUGAACAGGUUUAUUUUAGUAAGAAAUUUUUUAUCAAGUAUUAUGUCGCAAAAAAAGAAAAAGAAAAAAAAACCUGACCAUGCACAGAUUGCAAAAGAGACAUGUUCACGUGCAUGACAGACUUCGUCUCUUGGGUUUUUUAAUUUUGUUUUAAUUUUUGUUUUAAUUGUAUGAGAUUUAUUUUUUGAAAUUUAAACUAGUAAACAUCCACGCCAAUGCUCUGUGCUUGCUGUGUGAGUGUCGCUAUAGUGCAGUGUUGCGGUUGUUGUGUCUGUUUCCAUUGAUGGGUUUUUUGUUUUCUUUUCUUUUAAGGUAGUGUGAAGUGUCUUAUCCUUUUUCUAUCAAUUCCAAUUUGCCUUAACUCUUUUAAUGCUGUAGCUGUUUCAGUACGUAGUCCAAACUAAUGGUGUAGAAUGCUUUUGACCAAAUGAGCUGGUCUAUUAUGCCUUGUAAAACAGCAGGAUAGGGCUUCUAAGAGGUAGUCAAUUUAAAAUUGCUGAAAAAUCUGGCUUUUUAAAAAUGUGUAGUAAGUGUUUUUAAUGAUUUUGUUUUUCCUCACAUAAUAAUGUAAGGUUGUGAAAUGCAAGAUUGUGGGGUGGGGGGAGGAGGGCAGGGAAAUGUUUUGUGUGAAACACAUUUUUCUGACGGGGGAAAUUUUAAUAGGAUAAAUUGUUUGUAAGGCCUUAUGCCGAAUUAGUUUUUCCUCUGCUAGUUAGGAACUCUGCUGUAUGAUGCAAUGUAAAAAAAGAAAAGAAAAACUUUUUGCCUUUUUCCAGAAGCUAAUUGUUGUUCUAGUUUUAGGGUGCGGGGAAUUUGGGGGAGGGGGGAAAUCUGCAGAAUGUUUCUGUCCUUCCUUUCUAGUAAUGAAUAGUGUUUUAGAAUGAUGCUGUAUUGAGACCUAGCAGAUAGAAGCAUUUGCUUUUACAGCAAAGGCAAAAGCUGAAAGACUUUUUUUUUCCAAACAUAAGCUGAGAUGUAAGUAGAAAACCUACUAGAUUGGGUACUAGCUCUCUAUAUUAGGUAAAUAAAGACUUGGCACUUUUUAAAGGUAACUUUACCAAAGAACAAAGAGCCAGUAACCAAUAAUUCUGAAUUGUCUCAGCAGUUACGUCUUCUGUAAUCUUUAUUAUUGUUGUUGUUAUUAUUAUUAUUUUGCCGGACCAGUUUGCGGUUAGAAGAAUGUGCCUUUUUUUGUACAUUUGCAUUUAGGUUUUAUAAUUUUUAAUUGAUGUAUGGACACACACAAAAAAAGCAUGAAGGAAGACUUGGAUCCAAGCAGUGCCACGCUUUACAUCAUCACUACAAGUGUUAAGUGUAAAGAAGAGGGGGGAAAAACUAUUUUGAAACUAUGAAAUUCCUGAUUUCACAAAUACACUGUUAUUUGUACUUUUUACAUAUUAGAGAAACUCACUGCUAUUAAAGUUUGUUUUAUUAUGAUUGCAUGUGUAUUAAAUCAAAUGGUAAAUUAAGUUGUCUUCCAAAACUGUGUACUUGUCUGGUCAGCUGUGUAUGAUCAGUUAUCUACCUCAAGGCUUAUUUCCUUUUGUAAUGGGACAGGUUGCUGGCCCUCCCUGUUCCCCCAGACCAAAUCAUCCUAGCUCAGGAGCUAGGCCUAAGCAAUUCUUUCUUUUCACUUUUUUUAGUUUUUAAAUUUUAUGUAUUCAAGUACAGAUGUCAGUGACAUUUCAUAGUUUCAAAAGUCAAUGCUGCUCUGAGAAGUGUAGAUUCUAGUAAAUUACAUAGUCAUAAGAAAUGUGUUUUCUUUCUUUUUGUUACUUUGUUUUUUAAAGAAAAAAAAGUUGUGGUAUUAUUGGUUCUAUGCUCCCUGGAAUUGACUGCUUUGUCAAAGUUCAGACUUCUUGCAACUCGUUCCCUAUAACCGGUGUGUUUCCAUACCUAGAGAAGAAAGAGAGAAAGGUGUUAUUUGCUACUUGAUGUUUUCAUUCAAUUAGGUAAACUUUGGGUUAGAGAAAGGGAAUAGAUGCUGCUAGAAAAGUCUGAACUAAGUGCCAUACUCAUUAUCUGGGUAAGAUUUGAAAAAUGUAACCUCUGUACAUAAAGAAAUAAUCAGUUACUUAAACAUCACAUAGUAGACAGCCAUUAAAUUAUAAAAAAAAUAAUUUAUGAAGAAAGACCUUUUGUACAGAUUGAAAAAAAAGAUUUUCAUAGAGAUAUCUAUAUGAUCAAGAGAGUUAAUUUUUUAUUUUUGUUUUACUAGUGCCACAGACUUGCCAGUGGUAACUUAUUUGUCCGGUUCAAGAUAACUCUGUCAUUUUGUUUCCUAGGACUUGUUGUUAAAUGCCAAAAGACAUUUUUGAACUGUACAUUUGAUUAGAUUGUUAGCUUUUUUCUGUUUUAUUUCUUUUGAAAACUUUUGAAUAAAAAAGAUCAAAAAUUAAA